CAGAAUUAGCUAGGAAGAAAAUGGCCUCCACCAUCUUCUUCUUCUUGACCGUCGCCAUUCUCGCAGUUUAUGUUACCGCCACAGAUUACAUCGUCGGCGAUGAGUAUGGUUGGACUACCAACGUCGAUUAUCAAGCUUGGGCUCAGGGGAAGCAGUUUGUCGUCGGAGAUAGACUGAUUUUCAAGUACCAGGCAGGUACAAACAGUGUGUACAAGGUGGGCGGGAGCGGGUUCAAACAGUGUAUACCACCAGCUCAGUCUACACCCUUAACCACCGGAAACGAUGUGAUUGAAUUGGGCACGCCGGGCCGGAAAUGGUACAUUUCCGGCACCGGGCAGUACUGUAAACUGGGACAGAAGCUCGUGAUUACUGUUUCGGCUAAACCCCAAGCUCCAUCUCCAUCUCCAGCUACUUGGCCCAGAAAAAUGCUUCCGGCUCCGGUUUCUCCCCCUUGGCCAAUCAUAUUUCCUCCCAUACCCGCUCCGGUUCCGGCUACUCCAUAUUGGCCUUUGCCAAUUGUGUUACCUCCAUCUCCGGCGCCGGCUCCGGAUACUCCAAAUUGGCCUUUGCCAAUUCCGUUCCCUCCAUCUCCGGCUCCGGCUCCGGCUAUUCCGUAUUUCCCUUUGCCAUUCCCUCCCUUUCCGUUUCCGGUACCAGUUCCUGCACCAAACCAGGGCGGCUACUAAAAUAAAUGAUGGACAUGUUCUGAGUGGCAUAUAUAUAUAUAUAUGCUUCACAAUUAUAUUUCGUUGAUUUUUAUUUUUAUUUUUCUUUUAAUGUUUCUUGCAGACUGAAAUUUACAAAAUAAAUUGUGUGUGCUUGUAUUUGAAAUUCUACUGUUCCGUUAAGAGUUUAGAUCACUUGAUCAUAUCAAUUAUUAUUAUUAUUAUU